ACACUUGAGACUGUAAUUCGUUUCCAUUGAAGCAAAUAUCAGUAACGAUGUGUUCUCAUUUACAUUACGGUUUCUCCAGAUAAAUAGUUUGAUGUGUGAAAUGUAGACAAUGGCCCCUUGGGCACAGGUGCCUGAAAGGCAACCCCCAACAUCAUGAAGGGGUCAAUAAGACUUAUUUGUUUUGACAUCUUUGAACAAGAAAUGUUCAAUGGUGACUUCCACAGUGAUUGUGGCGUUGGGCUCUAGAUUUGCCCAGCGGGACAAAUUUCAGACUGGUUUGUAAAUCGCUACUGGUUCGGUCUGGUUGAAAUAUUUAGCCGCUUUCGUGUUAAUGAAGUUUUUCCUGAUUUUAUAUGAAACCAGGGAGGAGUAGCAGUAAAGAAGCAGAUGUGGUGUUUGGAUUGUACAUUUUCUGUAUAGAGUGGAAGGCUCGUGAAGCAAUGACAGCAUGUGAUUUAUACCUUUUUUAAGCUAGUGUUUGUCUUGGUUAGUGUAGAAUUCGGGGGAAAACUAUCUGUAGCUCUUACAUAAACUACAGUGAUAUUUGUCACUUUUCAUAACCAUUGUGGUAACUUAAUCUACUCAACAAACUAAAGGAGUCUGUUUAACCAGCCCACUUCCACGUUAUUCACUCCAAACAUUAAAGCCAUUACUCAUUGUAGAUUCUGAAUUCAGAGAACAAGCAUCUGGCCUCCUCCUAUAUUCUGCUAUAUUUAUUCUAUGUAUUAUGAAGUAACAUAAGAUUUUUACUGGAGAUAAGCUAGUGAAAGUUUCCCUGGGUGGAAACCAGUUUUCCAUGUCCUGUUUGGAUGUGGGCCUGUCAUGAUGGAGCCUCACACCUUUUAUGACUAUCUUAGCUUUAAGUGGAUAACACAAUGAGUGUCAAGGAUGUAGUUUCAAACACAUGGCUAUGCAAGAAGUAUCAAAACUUGCCAACAUCUAUUGUUUCUGGAUUGUAAUACUGUUUGUCAUUUCUAGAACCAGGUCAAAUAUUUAGGUAUUAUUACAUAAAAUUAGAUGGUUUGCAUUGAAGAGAGUUUUCACAAUAACUUAAAGGAUCAGUUCACGCAGAUCAUUUUUUCCCCACUUCCCCCUAGUGGCACCUAGUCAUGGAGAUAGUUUUGGUUUUAUCUGUCCAGGUUUUAAGAUCUCUGCCUCUAUCCCAGUACAAUGAAGUGAAUGGAAUUGUGCAAGUGCAAUAUGUUUUUCCAUUUAAUCCACAGACCUACCUUCUGUAAUGCAAGUUACUGGGGUUGCACUUCUGCGUUUUGCUGCGUUUGGAAAGACACUGAUCUGAGGCCCUCAGGAAUGUCCGGAAUGGAAAUCACCUUUAUUCUAAUUACUUUCCUACCAUCACCAUGCUGUCAGCUGCUCUUUAAUUACCUAACAGCACAAGUUGUCACUAUCCUCUGCACUGGUGCACACUGUCACCAUGAGCCUUCAAACCGUCUUCCUCGCGAUCUCAGUUUGUUUUAGCAUGUUUUCCUUGUCUUUCUCCCCUCAUCCGAACGCCGCUAAGAAGUCAGGCUGCUUCAAAGUCAACAGCUGCAAAUGCAUCAUGAAGGAUGGGAGCGGGGUGAUAAACCUGAAAGCUAUGGGAGAUGCAGAUGGUUUCCUGGGGCGUUUGAAACCUGUGUCAGCAGAGAACAUGCCAGCCAGUGCAGAGAUCCUCCUGUCCUUCAGCCCCUGCCAGCCCUUCUCACAGCCAGAGGACCUGACAGGAGCUGACUGUACCAAUGUUGCUGCGUGCCUCAUUGUCAGAUAUCACGGGCUCAACAGCCGCUUUAUCAGCUAUGGAAGACAUGAAGGGAAUGAAUUCCACUACAACGACACCCUGAAGAUGCUGUCUGUCUCAUAUUUUUCUUAUGACGAGCAGCCGCUGACAGUAGUGCAUUACCACUGUAAUCCAAAUCAGUCCACUUCUCUCAUCCAGGACCAGAGCCUCAGCACUGAGGAGCUCCUGCAAAUCUGGGUGGAGAGCCCCUGUGCUUGUCCAAAUUCCUGUGCCAUAGGAGAUCUGGGUCUAGGCACCAUCUUUCUCAUCAUCCUCAUCCUCAGUGCUGCUGCAUACUUCAUCCUUGGCUCCUGUGGUCUGAGGCCUUUUCGGAGCAGCAGUGGAGUCCAGAUCUCUCCAGAGCACAGUGUGUGGUGUAUGAUCUGCUACCUCUGUACUGAGAGAAGACCAGCAAGAAGACACUAUACAGACAUGACACACUGAAUGAUAAGCAGCUGCACACCUCUGGAACACUGCAAGAAGUCUCAAUGUGUCAAGUGUUUUUAACCUGAAGGUGUCAUGUCCCAUGGAGGGCCCAGAGUCAGCAUGGUUUUGUUUUACAAUGCUUUUAGCUGAAAGUGAUAGGCUUGCAUUCUGUAAACAUUUACACAGCACUGUAUGAACUAAAUCAUUAAAUUAUAAAUGUC